AUGAUAAAAAAAGAAGGCUAUAUUUUUUUUAAUUUCUUGCAGAGGCCCUUUCAGCUUUGACCUUUGACACCUGCAAUAUACCAUUCUGAUUGGACCGUCUGAUUGGAAGGUAACAGGUAGCUUUCCCGCUAGCUAGUAGCUUAGCUCAACCGUUAUCUCAAAGUCACAAUCAACGGACCGCGGCGUGAUGAAAUAUAUAUUGAUUUCGUGCAUUGCUUUAAGUUUAAAAAAUAGCCGUCUGUUGUCCAGUCGUUAACGUUAGCUUUCUAACGCUAAUUCUCGGGUGAAUCGCUAGCUAGCUCGCUAGCAUUAACGUGAAUCCAUGAGACAUAGCGGUUGCUAAUAUAGCAGUUUUAACAAACAGUUGAAAGGCGAUUCGACAUAUAUUAUUCUUAAACAUUCAGUUAAUUCGGCGUAUUAUUUUCAACAGAUUCCCUAAAUCAUACCAAUUUAUCAACAACAGACAGCAUGACGGGCAUUGAAGUUCAGUUUGAGGCCCAAGUUGCCUCCGACUCGCCGUCGGGACAAAGGGCCUUUGGGGUCCUGCAGGAGGACGCGAGCGGCGAGAGGGAGUCCGACUUCACGGAGGGGCUUCAGGUCACCGGGCAGAGAGAGGAGGAGCAGCCGUCGUUUUUGGCCGUCGCUGCUCUUCCGGCGCCGCCUGGCGGCGAGCACGCGCCCUGCGGCAGUGACAGCGAGGCCUGCAUCUUCCCGGGGGUCCUGUGGAGCCUGCAGUCCAUGGAGCUGCAGCUUCGGCUCCUCAUGAGCAAAGCGGAUGACCUGCACAACUUGCUUUUCGACAGUCAGCAUCAGCUGACGAGGGAGGCGCUUGCGGCUGAGGUGCGAAUCUUCCUGUACACCUGUGAGCAGUUCUUCAACGUCCUGGAAUCCACAAUCCACGCCUCCCAGAACACACUUCUGCCCUUUGCCUUUGAAAUCAAUUCUCGGCGUGUACAGCGGUUGGACUUCUCUCAGCAGCUGUGUGACAGGUUGGAGCAACUGCUGUUGACCUACGCCAGCUGUAAUGUCCUCUGUUUGGACGAGACCAACCCGAUCAGCUUGUCUCACUUCUGCAUCGGUCAGAGUCAGCUCGGCGCCCUGAGGGUGAAGGCGUUCCGCUACUGUAAGCCCACGCCGUACCUGGCUCGACUCGACACCGGCCUCUACAAGCGCAUGCGCUGGAACGUGGAGCGGCACAGAGACGAGUACGGCGAGGGACAGAUCGUCUGCGACACGGAGUAUUACUUCCUGUGCUACGAGGACAUUCCCAACAGGCACGCCGAUGCAGGCCGGGACCACGAUGGCGUCUCCCACAGCAACGUGGUGAGGAUGUGGUCCAUUGGUCAGUGGCAGCAGGUGACCCCCGAAACAGAUGACAUCGAUGACUGGGUUCUAUGCGAGGUCCCUCAGGCCAACUACCACAAGCUGUUGUACUUCGGCAGUGAGGAGCCGUCGAGCUGCAGGGCCACAGAGCACCUGCAGCAGCUGCUGUCCCACCAGGCGGCAAAGUGACGGCCGCCUCCGUCACACGUACAUCCGUCUCCGGGCCGCGGCGACCGGAAGAGGAGCCGCACCAGUUUCAAUCCCACAGGACGUCAAUGCGGCGUUUAUCAGAACAUCUGGAUGCCAAGUUGAACUCGCAUGACUGAUGCAUUCUGGGACUGUUGA